AGUCCUGAAAGGGAAACAGGAACUACCCUGUGCGUGGAAAUACACACACAAUCUGUCUCUGUAAUAACCCGUAACGCAUUUUGAUUUGUUAAUUUGGAAUUAAAAUCCGUGGACUCAUUCUGCAGAAUUCUGCACGCGUGGCGAAAUAAAAAAAGAUAUUUGUUUUUGUUUUUUUAAACCAAAAUAAUAAUAACACGAGAUCAGUGCACUGUUUCAAGUAGAGGCUUGUGUGCGCUCCCCACGGGGUAUUGCAUUAAAAACACCCGGGACGCGUGAAAAUUUCCACUCGUGUUCCGUGCAGAAGAUGGACGUCAGCGUGUCCGCGUCGCUCUUCCACGGCGAGCUCGCCUCUGCCGUGGAGCACGCCGUGAAAGCGGCCGUGGACACCGUCCUGCGGGAGAUCGCCAAAAGCGUGGGGGGCAGGUUUGCCGAGAAAGACAAGGAGAACGAAAAACUGCGGCUGAGGCUGGAAAUGUCCGAGCGGGAGCUGAGAGCCGUGAGAGGAUGCAUGGAGACCCUGCAGGACGUGAUCGCGCAGUCCACGAUCGCCGCCAACUACCGCCGCGGCGCACCCACGCAGGAAAGCCUCGCUUUCCGCUUACCGGGCGGAGAGAGCGCUCCGGUUCUCCCGGUGCUGGCUAGGCAACGGGAUUGCGAUCCGAGCCCGGCUCAGCCGCCGCCGAUCCCGGACGAUCCCAACCCCCUCUUACCGGCAGAGGCGUUUCAGCGCUUGGAGGAUUCGUGGGAGCCGGAGUGGGAAGAAGGAGUUAACGGUGCGGACCGGAAGCCUCUGCACCCCGAGGAGGGAGGACCGGCGGGGGGCGGGGCCUGCGUGAAAGAGGAGGAGCUGGAGGCCCGGCCGGAGUCUCUCUCACAGCUGUACGUCUGCCCCGACUGCGGCAAGCCCUUCCAGGCUCUGAGCUCGCUGAAGAAGCACCUCCUGGUUCACUCGGGGGAGAAGGCGCACCGCUGCGCCCAGUGUGGGAAGAGCUUCCGCCUGGCAGAGACCCUGAAGAAGCACGCCCGCACGCACACGGGGGAGAGGCCCUACCCCUGCCUGCACUGCGGCAAGAGAUUCGGGCUGGUGGGCACGCUGCGAGACCACCAGCGCAUCCACACGGGGGAGAAGCCCUACAGCUGCGCGCACUGCGGCAAGAGCUUCGGCCGGCUGGGCUCGCUAAAGAACCACCAGCGCAUUCACACGGGGGAGAAGCCCUAUGCCUGCGAGGACUGCGGCAGGAGCUUCAAGUACUUAUCCAGCCUGAGACACCACCAGCAACUGCACCUGGCCGCGGCAACGCUGUGGAAUUCCGUCCCUAACUCCGGUAUUGCUAUUGCAGGAAUACGACGCAACCAAAACAAAGCAAUUAAUAAUAUUGCUUGUAAUAACAGCGAGGAUUGCGCCGGACCGGGCUCCAAGGCGAUGGACGCGAUCGGCGAGCCCGCGUCGUGCUUUCACGACGAGCUCGCCUCCACCGUGGAGCACGCCGUGCAAGCGGCCGUGGACACGGUCCUGCGCGAAAUCAGCAGGGUCGUGGGGGGCAGACUCGCCCGCUGCCGGAGGGAAAUGGCCGGCAAGGAGAAAGAGAUCGCAAGCCUGAGGCUGAGGCUGGAAAUAUCCCAGGGCGAGCUGGAAGCGGUGCGGCGGUGCGUCAGCGCGGCGGACGCCAACAUCAAGCGAGCCCUGGGAAGCGUGAGCGCCGGCUGCAAGGGGAGAGACCGGCCGGGGAUUGAGAGCCGGCGGGUAUUCAGCAGCGUGCAAGAUACCAGAGAGGGACACACUUCCCUUGAAUUGGAGUCAGAACCCAAAGCAGAGUCUUCUUACCCACCACAGGAGGUCUUGCAUGGGGAGUGGGGAGCUGCUCAAAUGCCGGCCGCAGACGGGACGUGUGUGGAGAGCAGCGAGCUGAGCGAGGAGAACCUGGAACUGGAGUGCAUCCUCGUCAAGGAGGAGGCGACCGAAGUAGAGUACAUCUCCAUCACGGGAGAGGUUUCUACAGAGAGUGACUUUCGCGAGUUCCAGGACAGCGGACUCUGCGACGCUGGUCCUCCUGAACUGGUCUGCGUGAAACCCAGCCAGCGUGGCUCUGAAGACACUUGUUCUAGUGUUGGAGAAGAGGGCACUGUGCUGGGGUCCAUUCCGAGGAAACAUCACACCCCUCAGGAAAGAGCCGCAGGUGGAAAAGAGGAAGGAGCAGCGGCGUCCUCUAGCAGCGCAGCAUCAGAUGACCCAGAAAAAGAUUCCAUGAUCUCUUCUUGCGGGAGAGGGCAUCGCCACUCGCUGGCCCAAAGGCGUCCUGCUUACCUGCCCUCCUGGAUUUCGGAGCCCGAGAAUCCUCUGUUGAGCCACUCCGAAACGCUGAGCUCGGUGCCCGGGCCGGGGGUCUGUCAGCUGACUCCCGCUCAAGCCGGCCAGCUGGACCACCAGGGGGAGCCUCCGUUUGCUCUCGGUGAAUUCGAGAGGGGCUUCCAGCGCUUCGAUUCGCAGCUGGCGGGCCGCGCCGGGCGCUGGGGGAGGGGCGGGGAUUCCAGCCCCCCGGGCGAGGGGGGAACCGCCCCGGCAGGGGGCUCUUCAGCGUACCAUUGCCCCGAAUGUGGCAAGAGCUUCACCAACCUGCGCAACUUGAAAACACACCAGCUCAUCCACUCCGGAGAGAAGCCUUACCAGUGUGGGCAGUGUGGCAAGAGCUUCAGACAGAUGGGGGCGGUCAGGAAGCACCAGAGGAUCCACACCGGGGAGAAGCCCUAUCAGUGCACGGAGUGCGGGAAGAGCUUCAACGAACUGGGGAACCUGCGGAAGCACCAGAGGAUCCACGCCGGGGUCAAGCCCUACCGCUGCCCGGUGUGCGGCCGCGGGUUCGUGCAGUCGGAGCACCUGAAGAAGCACAGGCGGACUCACGCGGGGGAGAAGCCGCACCGCUGCCCUCAGUGCUGGCAGGGCUUCGCCGACCCGCACAGCUUGAGAACUCACCAGUGCGGUCUGAUGAGCGCGUACGUUUCAGAGUCUGCGCAGAUCUCACGUCAAACGACACUGGUCUGCGCGCAGCUCGGCAGCCUGCGUGAACGCAGCCGGGUCUGGCGACAGAGGGGCACGCAUCCUCUGCGCUCGGAGUCUGCGCAGACCCUGCAGAUUAAAGCCGUGAGCAGCGCUCAGCAGGGCAGCGCCGCAGCCGAAACCCGCGUAAGGCCACGCCCAUUAUCAGUGACGCUGGUUUUGCCAUUCCGUCUCAUUUCAGGAAAUGCCAGGACUGGGGCUCCCUGCAGAAAGCCCCCUGUGCAAUAUAACGCUGUGAGAACGGAUCAGCCUCACUCACAGGAAGUUUCUGAGAUGGAAGCAGCUCACGUCAGCCCAGAGCUUCCUAUUCGAUGGGUUGUUUCUGCAGACAGGACUGUUGAGAUCAAGGAGGAAGUGACUGAGCUGGGGUGCGACCAGGCCAAUGAGCGGAUCCUGCAGGAGGAAACGCCACCUUCUAGCAUCGCUGAGAGAGCAGCUGGCUGCGCUGCAGCACCCCACUGCAAAACCUCUCCUGGUGGCAAGAGUCAAAAACACAGAACGAGUGAAGAAGAACUGACAGCAGAGAUCAAAACCGCCCGGCGCCCGCACGGGCCUCGGAGCUCCCCGCCUCCUGUCAAGCCAGGGAGCAGUUCCGCUCCUCCUGGUUCCCUGCAAACCCUCAAGCGACUGUCCCGCGCGAGAGGGGCCCCGUUCCCCUGCGCCGAAUGCGGGAAGGCUUUCACUCAGCGCAGCUCCCUCAAAACUCAUUUCCGGAUUCACGCAGGAGGGGUGGAGUUCCCCUGCCCGGACUGCCAGAAAAUCUUCAAGCACCUGCACUCUCUUAAAAUCCACCAGCGCACCCACACGGGGGCGAAGCCCUAUGCUUGCCCCGAGUGCGGGAAGAGGUUCAAUCAGUCGGGAAGCCUCACCAAGCACCAGCGGAUUCACACAGGGGAAAAACCGUACCCCUGUGGCGACUGCGGGAAGAGCUUCAACCAACUGGGGCACCUGAACGCGCACAGGCAGGCUCACGCAGCGGUGAAAAUGUUUCAGUGCGGCGCGUGCGGGAAGAGCUUUGGCCAGCUUCGCUAUCUCGGGGUGCACCAGCGGACUCACACGGGGGAGAAGCCCUAUCGCUGCGGCGAGUGCGGGAAGAGCUUCGCCCAUUCAAACUCCUUGAAGAUCCACCAGCGCGCCCACGCGGGGCAGACCCGCUACAUCUGUGACGGGUGCGGGAAGAGCUUCAGCCAGUUCGAGCACCUGACUGUCCACCAGCGGAUUCACACCGGGGAGAAGCCCUACCAGUGCUCCGAGUGCGGGAAGAGAUUCCGCCAUUCCGGGGUGCUGAAGAAGCACCAGCGGAUUCACACUGGAGAGAAGCCCUACCAGUGCUCCGAGUGCGGGAUGAGAUUCAGCCGGGUGGACAACCUGAAGCUGCAUCGGAUGAUUCACACGGGAGAGAAGCCAUUCGAGUGUUCGGAAUGCGGGAAGGCUUUCAGGGAGAUGAAGAAGCUGAAGAACCACCAGCGCGUUCACAGAGCUAGGGUCAGUUCGGAGAGCUGAGAGCGCGCAGGUUUGCUGGACGACAGAUCGGUGGCGACACGGCUUUCUGCGUUGAAAACGACUAGCCCGUUUCAGCCCUGUUGAUUUUAUAAUAAUAAUAAUAAUAAUCUUUAUAUAGCGCCUUUCACAGCGGACCACCCUCACAAAGCGCUU